AUGGAUCCCUGGACCAAGAGCGAGACCGUGGACCCGGAAGUGCGCGCAUACGUCUAUUCGCUCGUCAAUGCCGUUGGUGGCAGUUCGACCUACGACAACAAUUAUUCAAUCGGUGACGAUGCCCUCGCUGUCCUCAAAGACCUGGCGCGAUGGCUCAAGCUAUACGACGAGAAGACUGGCCGGAUGGAUGUGAAGAGAUGUCUGGCGGAAGCAAAUCUAGUGAAGGGCGAUUUAUUGGAAAUCCUCGCGUUGUGGCCGGAGGAUGCAACAAAUCACAAAUCGAAGAGCCGACUUGCGCUUGCUUGUCUGGAGCUGCUGGUGCCGCUAUCAUGGCCUCUGGAGCUGGAUGUCGAGAAGGCAACUAUGAACCACCAUCGGCACGUUCCGUAUCUACAAUUGGCGCAGGUGGGAUACAAACGCGCAGUCCUGCAACAUGAGCAUGCGAAGAUCUUGCGGACGGUGGUCCGUAUUGUCCUCCCGGCCAUGUCGCAGGUGAGAAGAGAUCGGAGUAGACGUGAUGAAGGCAUCAUCAAGCUUGGGCUAUACUUCUUCCGCAACAUGGCCAUGAUUACACAACCGCAGACACUUCCAUCCCAAGGUGACGAGAAUGAAAUUAGUCGGUCUGCAACAAUCGACGCUUUCCACGCGCAAGAUGUGUUCACACUUCUCCUUACCCUGGGAUCAAACAUGGGUGAUGAGUUCAAGGAGCAAGAUGUGCUACUUCUCGAGAUUUUGUUUCAUCUCGUCAAAGGCGUUGAUGCCAAGAAGUUGUUUAUGAAGAAAGCUCAAUUGGCCUCUUCGGAGAUCAACGAGCUCCAGAGUCUGAUUGCUCGGGAGAAAGCAAUGCACAGCAGCUACAAGAAGCACGCACCCACACGGCACAAUCGAUUUGGCACAAUGAUCUGGGUGAAGCGGGAUGAACUCAAAGUGUCAACUGUUUCUGGCCAGACAAGUAUCACAGACGAGACUUCGACAUUACAUCAAAUGGACGCGAGUAAAAAGUUCAAUAAGCCACGGAAUCGUGGAAAGAAAGCACAGGACUCGAGUGAACAAUCAGAUAUUGGAGCACGCAUCGAUCUCACUGAAAGCGCUCGCGGCCAUCUCAAAAGCUUUGUUGAGGAUUUCCUUGAUUCGUCAUUCAACCCGCUUUUUGCAAGUCUUCGUAGAGCAAUAGAAAGCGAAGCGGACCGUCUGCAAGAGACAAUUCACAACAAACAGUAUUUUUACCUCAUUUCAUGGUUUCUAUCUGCUGAGGCGGCAAGACGUGAACAAAAGCCGACGAAUAUCGCAACGGGCACAGACGCGGCAGCGCCAUCCAUGCCCGAAGACAACUGUUUUGCAUACAUUGCAUCUGUCCUCGAUCAAGAGACCUUCGUGCUACUCAACCGCAAGAUGCAAGCCGCUUUUGACAACAAGGAAUGGCAAGAAUUACAAUCAACAUUGAUGUGCUUCACUCAAAUUCUGCAGACUGUGCAGUACAUGUCGGAAAGCAAAGACGAAGAAGAUCAAGAGAUCGCGGAGAAUAUCCAGAAUCGCAUCUUCUACGAGGAAGCGACCCAUGAUCGUAUGGUGCAGAUCUUGCGCGGAUACACGAGUCAGGGAUUUGCGUAUUUAGAUGCUAUCACCGAGUGUGUACAUGUCUUUGUCCGCAUGCUGGAGCGAUACAGCAAACAGAAUGUCGAUCUACAAGUGCGCUCGAAGAGAAGAGCGAGGAAGAAGGCUACAGCGCAGGCCAUCGAGGGCAACAAUGAGGAAGAAGGAGAUGCAGCAGAGCGAAUUCAGGAUGAACGGGAAGCACACGAGACUAUCUCCGAGCGCAAGUUCGACUUCGCCCGUUUCUCUGCUAAAUUUCUCAGUCAACCGUGUGUCGACACAUUUAUUGCUAUGCUUCGGUUCCACGCCGAUCUCAACCCUGCACAGCUGAAGCGCUGUCAUCGAUACAUGUACAGAUUAGCAUUCAAGCAUGAAUUGUCAGUCAUGCUCUUCCGGGUCGACAUUCUGCAUUUGCUCAACAAGCUGGUCAAAGGUCCCGGAGGACUUCCCCCAGCUCUCGAGGGCUUCAAGGAAUGGGAGCAGCUAGUUCAGCACAUCUUCCGACAAUGCUUCAAAUGGAUGGACCGCCUCUCUGAGGGUCAAGGUUGGAAAGAAGCAGCCGUAGUUGAGAUGUUGUUCAGCAAGAUUCCAAACAGUAUCCACUACCUGCAGAAUGGUUACGAGAAGGUCGUGCAGAAGCGAGCUCCCAGGCCUCCAGCCGAGCUCGAAGUCAAGGCUUCCGUACCUGCUGAGCAGAGAGUAGCGGUCGCUGUCUCAAUCCUGAUUGAACAAGCAAAAAGCGACUUAUUGGAUUGGCUGAAGAAGAAGAUCUCUGAAGCGGCCGAUGAACGUAAAGCUUGGGAAGAUGCCAAUGCAAGUCGUGACGCGGAGACUGCUGAGGACGAGCCCCCUGCUGAAGUCCCCGAAUCUCCAACAAUAUUCCUCGUCCCUGGCAAUGAUCAACACAAAGACUCGCUCUUCAAAGACAAGCACCUGCGACUACUUCUAACCGUCCUUGGUCUACAGCGAAUAGGCGAUGCGGAUGACGUUGAUGCUAGCUGGGUCUUUCCCCCGACACUGACCUCGGACAAACUUACCACAGGCUUGGAGCAAAUUCAGAAGGCUGAAUUUGAUCCGCCCACAUUCGAGGGCGAGAAGACUGCUGCGCAGUUGAUACGGCCAAAAUCACUUGGACGUCGUGGAGAGAUGUUCUCGGAUCAUUCCGACGACGACGACGAUGACGGCGUCUUGAACGAUGCAAUGUUUCCCCCAAACCUCAAGGAGAAGCGGAGGCGGAAAGAUGACAAAGAUGAACGUCCGCGAAAACGCCGCAAGCAAAACGGUAUCGAGCUUACCGAGGAGGAGCUCCGAGAUCGUGCAAAGAUGCGACGGAAGAAGGAGCAGGAGAAGAAUGCCAAGAUCAAAUCGAAGCUGUUUGUCACUGAGAGUGAUGAUGAGAGUGAUGCUGAAGGAGAUGCGGAAUUCUUCCGAUUAGAAGAAGAGCGUCGGAGGAAGACGGCAGGUCUCAUCAAGGAGGCGUUGAUAAAGAGGACCGACGACAUUGACGAGGAUGAUUCUGCUGGCGAGACAAUGCAGCGGAAGAAGCCUACUGCACGGAAGAAGACCAAGCGACCAGAAAGCAGCGACGAUGAGAUGCCAGAUGCGCAUGAUGCGGUCGGCGAUGGCUCGAGAAAUGCUCAUACAGAGACGAUCGACAUUUCCGACGCAAACACGUCCUCCAGCGAGGACGAGGCCCUGCUCACUGAUGAUGAUGAUGACGAUGAUGCCGUCCUAUCAGAAGAGGAUGUGCCAACCUCCCGAAGACGAAAUACAGCAAAACCAACACCACCACUGAGGGAACUCUCUGGGAAUGCCGUCGCGAAGCUUGCGAUAAAUGAUGAUGAACAGGACGAUGAUGCGCCCGCGGCCAAACCUGCCGCCAGGCGCAAUACUCGCGCGGGAUUCAUUAUUGACGAUGACAGCGACGAUGAAUGA